AGACGACCUUUCUACAACACUUUGUUCUAAAGACGACCUUUGCCCGUAUUUCAUAACAUUUUGUUGACCUAGUUAAGUUUGUGGCAGCUUGAUAAUGUCCAAGAGAGUGCCUGGACAACCUGGGAGGUUCAUCACCUGGUUUAGGAGUGCUCUAAUGGGGCGUCCCCUGGAGCCUCACCCGUGGACACGUACAACAGCAGUGAUGUCAUCACGAUCUCCACCUCCUCCCAAAAUUCCUGAAGGCCCUGCCCACAGACUGGCAAACAACUACUAUGUGAGCAGAGACGAUCGUCGACGUGUCACACCUCCUCAAGUGUUGAGCACUCACAAGCAACUCAGAGAGGGCUCUGACCAACUAAGCAGUGGUGAUGUGACAUUCCCUCAGAUGACCACGCCUCCCACUCCUGGCCUUGUCCAAGACCCCCAGUGGAGGGAAAUCCCCCCUAGCUAAGAACACAAUCUGACUUACCUGUGUACGGUUCAUUAGAUAUUUCACAGUUUAUUAUUAAUAAUAAUUAUUCGUCGAUAUUAAUUUAAUAAUUAUUGUAUUUUGUCAUAAAAAACAAUAAAUAAUGUGUUAAGUAUAUAAAAGUCAA